AUGUCUACCCAGUCCACUGACAUGCGCGCCGCCGCCGCCAAAUUCUUCUCCGCAUCCACCUUCGCCGUCGCCGGCGCCUCCUCCAACCCCGCCAAAUUCGGCCACAAGAUCUUCGCCUGGUACCUCGACCACUCCCUCCCCGCGAUCCCGCUCAACCCCGCCAGCAGCACCAUCUCCGUGCGCGGCAAAGACUACAACACCGUCGCCUCGCCCUCCAAAGUGCCCAAUCCGAAAGACACAGCUCUGUCGGUGAUCACGCCCCCGCCGGUGACGGCGAAGCUGCUGGAGGAGGCGAAGGAGAGUGGGAUAAGCGCGGUGUGGUUGCAGCCCGGGACGUACGCGGAUAAGGAGAUGAAAUAUGCUCUGGAGAAUUUCCCUGGGGCGGCGAUUGGGGGGUUUGAUGAGGGGACGGUUGGCGGGGAGGGGUGGUGUGUGCUUGUUGAUGGGGAUACCGCGAUUGAGAAUGCGGGGAGGGCGAAGGGAAAGUAA